GGGGAUUCACGGCCAAGUGGCCAACCCAUUUAGGUGAAAGAGGAGAUUCUACAGGCCAGAAAAAGUCGAAGAAAGAAAAACAGGGCAGGGAGGGAGGCCUUACCUUCGACAUUUCAAACCCGAAUCUUGUUGCACGACUGGUGACAAAUUGAAGGUCGUGAUGCGAAAUCUAUGAUUAACCAUAUCGAAGAAUAUCUUCUUUGAGCUGUAAAAGGGGAGGCUUGGAUUGGGCGAGAUCAUUUGAACCCUGAUUUCAUUAAGCAGGAAUUACUUGCUACAAAUGGCUUCUUUCCGAGCUUUCUUGAACAGUCCCGUUGGCCCCAAAACUACUCAUUUCUGGGGACCAGUUGCAAACUGGGGAUUCGUGGUUGCUGGAUUGGUUGACAUGCAGAAACCACCAGAGAUGAUAUCAGGCAACAUGACAGCAGCUAUGUGUAUAUAUUCUGCAUUGUUUAUGAGGUUUGCAUGGAUGGUGCAGCCACGGAACUACCUACUCCUUGCAUGCCAUGCCUCAAAUGAAUCUGUCCAGCUCUAUCAACUAUCCCGUUGGGCAACGGCUCAAGGGUACUUGUCCCAGAAGAAAGACAAAGCCUCGUCACAAUAAUAUGUUGCUGGGUCUUUCUUUCCCCAUUUCACUGGUCUUGUGGUGAUUUCUUCCCAGGAGUUCCUGAGAAGUUUGCUUUCAUGCUAUCCAAACCAUAAUUGGCAGGUCUUGUGUGAUCGCAACUUGAUUCGUAUUUUUCGCAUCAUUGUUGACGAUUUACUUUCAGCAAGUGAUGCUUGCAUGGAAACUUAACCUCCUGUUGGACUUGGAUGCCCAAUGAUAUAUCCCUCGAACCGUCGCAUUUC